UCCUCCUCUGUUCUCAUGCCGAGCCCCGCAAACGCCCAAGAAUCCCCCCCCACCAACCUGUCUACUUCCUUCCUCCUCCUGCCCUCACUUCGUCACCCAGCAUCCUUCCGGCUGGCUUCUGCAAUGGUGGGACUACCAUGCCAUGUUCCGGCCUCCAAGCUCUCGCUUUUGCUGCACCACGUUCUUCUCCCUGUCAUCGUCGUCGUCGCCGCCGCUGCUGCUGCUGUCGAUGGUGUCUGUUGCUCCCAUCAGAAUCUGUUGUCCGUGCAUGAGCUGCAGUGGGGAGACAAGUUGCUCCCUCGGUCUACUUCCAGUGGAAGAACAAGGCGUCAUACCGGUACUGCAAUGCUGGAAAUGAGGCAGCAACAUCAGGUUUCGAGGCAUAUCAGCAAUCACGAUGACUACGUCUCGAAGCUCCUAAUCGCCGACGAAGCUCGAGUCUCAUCACUUCAGUCCAGAAUCUCCAACAAGCUCCCACAAGAUUCAUCGGGAGCGCAGGUGCCUCUUGUCUCGGGAAUCAAGCUCCAGACUCUGAACUACGUAGUGACCAUCGGCGUCGGCGGCAAGAACAUGACGGUCAUCGUCGACACCGGCAGCGACCUCACCUGGGUCCAAUGCAAGCCCUGCUUCUACUGCUACAGCCAACAAGACCCCCUGUUCGAACCCUCCGCCUCGCCCUCCUACCAGUACGUCCCCUGCAACUCCACCGCCUGCUACUCCCUCCAGGCGGCCACCGGGAGCGCGGGCGUCUGCGGCGCGGACCAGUCGACCUGCAGCUACGCCAUCAGCUACGGCGACGGCUCCUACUCCCGCGGCUUGCUGGGACGAGAGAGGAUCGACGUCGGCGGAGCUAGCAUCGAGGGGUUUACCUUCGGCUGCGGCCUGAGGAACCACGGGCUCUUCGGCGGGACCGCCGGUCUGAUGGGGCUCGGGAGGACCCAACUCUCGCUGGUGUCGCAGACCACCGCUCGCUUCGGCGGAGUCUUCUCCUACUGCCUCCCCACGAGGAUGCUCAGCUCAUCGGGCUCCUUGGUCCUCGGCGACGAUCCUGCCGCGUACAAGAACUCCACUCCAAUCUCCUACACCAGAAUGCUAUCAGACCCGCUGCAAGCACCCUUCUACUUCCUCAACCUCACCGACAUGAGCGUCGGCGGCGUGGCCCUCGAGGCCGCCGGCUUCUCCAACGGCAGGAUUCUCAUCGACUCGGGCACGGUGAUCACGCGGCUGGUGCCGUCGGUCUACCAGGCGCUGAAGGCGGAGUUCGUGAAGCAGUUCUCGGGCUACCCUCCGGCGCCGAGCUUCUCCAUCCUGGACACCUGCUUCGACCUGUCGGCCUUCGAGGAGGUGAGGGUUCCGAGGCUGAGGCUGGGGUUCGAGGGCGGCGCGGAGAUGACCGUGGACGUCACCGGCAUCUUCUACUUCGUGAAGCGGGAUGCUUCCCAGGUUUGUCUGGCGAUGGCCAGCCUUCAGUACGAGGACCAAACCGGCAUCAUCGGGAACUAUCAGCAAAAGAACCAGAGGGUGGUGUACGACACCGUAGCCUCCAGAAUAGGGUUUGCUGAGGAGGCUUGUGGUUGAUGGAGCAGAGUCCCAUCAGCUGUAGGUUGGAGAUGAAGAAGCCAUGCAUGCAGCUGCAAGUGACAUAAAAUAAGGCUCUGUUGUGUUCUUGAAAUUGUUGCUGAUAAAAGCAGCAUUAUUUCCAAUUUAUGAAUGCCAAUCAAGACCUAAUCAAAUGUAUCUUAUACUAUUAUGGCAGCUGACUUAGCUGCAUGAUGGCAUCAAGAAGAACAGGAACAAUGACUGCUGCA